AUGUCUCGUGCAUCAAGUGACAUUGGCUUUCUUAUUGGCGCCGAUAGUACGGCUGGACGCGCACACGCACGCCGCACGCCGAGUUGCGCGCGCGCCUCCACGCCUCGCGACCGCGACCGCCCGCGCGGCACCCGCGCCAUGCCCGCAGUGAAAGUAUUCAACAUAUUCGGAGCUCAGAAGCCGACCGAUAAACAACCCGAUUCGCAGAGUUCGCCUAUGCAAAAGUUCUACAGGACCUUCUCAGUCCCGUCGCAAACUUCUAACGAGAAAAACACUAAAGUCACCGCGAUCGCCGCCUGCUUAGAAAAGCGUUUAAGUGAACCGAUACCAAACAAUGAUAACGUGCAAAAGUUUUCAAAAAACAAUAACAGUGUUUCUAUUGUGAACGACAAACGGGAUGAUUCUAAACACGUGUACGAGAAUGUAAACAUAGUCAGUGCUAAGAACAGUGCGCAACGCGAUAUAUUACUUGACGAAACAAAAGGAUAUUCAUCGAUCUAUGAAAAUAUUGUUAUUGUAGGGAAACCGGAUACUAAGGAAGUGUUAGUUGAAACAAAGCUAAAUAAAGCUCUUCAGUCCUUUGAUAAAAUUUUGACCGAGUUCUCUGAAAGCGCAUCUUUGACUCACGAUUUUACUUGCACAAACAACGGUUUUAAAGUACCUAAACUACAAAAGUCAAAAACUUGUAGUAUCAUUGAAUCGAGGUGUAUAUUAAAGAAAACUAAUUCAGAUCCUGAAAACGAUAGCAAAACCCGAAAUAAAGUGGUACGAAACAAUUCUAUUGAUAAAACAACUAGCUUGUGGAAUCUUGACGACAUGAAAAGCAAAGAACUAACUUCUCCACUAAUGCCUCUGGCACCUAUUACAGCCGAUAAAAUGAAUCCAGAUAAGUAUGCCACUUACAAAAUAUCAUCAAAAAACCCGUCUCGAUUGAAUUGCAUUAAAAACGAAGAUUUGAAAAAACUGGAUGUUAAGACGAGAAUAUUAAAGAAGACUUUAUCUAAUCCACCGUCGACACCUGUUCCGGUUAUAUCUAAGACGAAGCCGUUAACUAAAAAAGUUGAUAAAAAAACGACCGAUCCAAAGAAAGCAAAACCUAAAACAUGUACAGUUAAUGGAUCAUCAGACGUAAAGAUGAUUUUAGAAAGUAAAGAAGCUCCAAAAUCACAAUUGCAAAAGGCUAAAAGCGUGUGGGAAAUCGGGAAUGAAAUAAUUAUAUCGCCUAACUUAGAAAGGACGAGGUCCACCACUUCUAUCGCGGGCUCUCCCAGCAAGAUCCCGGUGAUAAGGAGUCAAAUGAUGCACAGCAAAUUCAGUAGUACUCGGGCUCUAUUUUCUCCCACUCCUGUUGAUCUAAAUAUUGUAGACCAGGCUAGAGAGUGUGCUCAGAAAAAAAUGCCGAUCUCUCCUAGGAAACCUAUGGAGAAACUUGACGCUAAUAAACAAAUAAGACAAAAGUCUCAACUCUGUUUAAAGACAGAAAUAAAACGGCAAUUGGAUAAAACUAAGAAAGAUGCACCGGAUAACAAAAAAACGUUUACGUCACCGAAACCUUCGUUGAGAGAUUAUUCAGAGGAAAUUAAUGCGGUGCGCGCUAAGAUACAGCAAAGAAAAAUAAACAAAAGAGACAUCGUCAUCGUGUCGUCGGAUUCCAGACGGAAUGAAAACGAUGCGGAGGAAAUCGAUUCGACACUGACACCUGUGAAAUCCAUCGUGAAAAAAAUAGAACUAAAAACAGCUUUGGAAACGAAAGCUGAUGCACCGCGUUUCUUAAGCUGUAAAGUGAUCCCACCGGUGCAUAAGGAGCUAUGCGUCGCGAACACAACUUUCCAUAACCACUUGAGCACACUCGUCGGCCGGCAAGUUAAAUACGUAGAAUCGAAGAAUGACUCGGAGACGUGCUCCCAAGUGAAAAAGCUCGAGUUACAUAAACAUAACGAUGAAAAGAUUAUAUCAGAUACAAAUUCUGACUGCAGCGAUGAUUCCGGUCACGUUUCGAAUGACGCUGCGAACGAUAACGAUUCGACAUUCGAUAACGUGCACGAUUUGAGUCCUCCGCAUACCUCCAUAGAUGAAGUGGACUGCAAAUUUGACAAUCCCAAAAAGUUCGGUGUAACUUUAUCCGAGAACGUAAAGGCCGUGUGUCCUGUACGGCCCGCAAGACGCAACGCGCGAAACAAUGAGGUCGUUAGCGGUACCCGCACCACCGACGCUCCGAAAGUGGACGAACAGGUAUGUGACACUGUUAACAUAUAG